GACUCCAUUGAGUCCGAGCAACGCGUUGGUCCGAGUCUCCGAGUGUUCGAGCGUUGACAUCGGCUCUAGCAUCGGCGCGCUGGGUACGAUUCGUGGGUUGUCCUUUCGAAUAAUUUCAUUUCCCGUGGUUCCGCGAAUAAUCGAUCGAGCUGGCAGCAUGCUGUUUCUCGCUCAGAAUUUGGGCCCGCAUUCGUCCUUUCCGUUUCGUUCGUCGUGUGGAGAUCUCCGAAGUCUGAAGAUCUAAAGGCAGAGUAUCUCCCCAACUCCUGAUGAGCGAGGCAGAGCUACCUCCUGUCCAGCGGCGCCGCUGCACCGCGGAAAGGCGGGAAUGGAAGAAACUCGUGGAGAUCCAGCAACAGCUGCUGUUGACGUCGUCACGCUCCUCCAAACGCGGUUCGUCCAGUUCUCCGAGCAGCGUCGAGAAGGACGUCCUCCAACGAUCGGAGCCCCUGAAAGCUCCAGGCCCCAAGCAGAAGGCUACGAGUAGCUCGAGUCACGAGUUGGCCGUGCAAGCGUGCAGCAGCGCCCCGGCUCUUCUGGGCGAGCAGAGGAUCCUGCUGCACACCGCCGAGGUCAUGGAGACCCUGAGCAUCCUGCUGCAGUCCGACUCCUCGGCCUCAAGCACUUGCUCCGGAGCGGAAAUGCGCCACGAAAGCCGCCGAGAGCGGCUGAAAGCGUUGCACACGCAGAUCAAAUCAUUGAUGAAGCAGCGUUGCCUCCUGCUGCUCAAGAAAGAGUGUAACCGCCAGCUGGGCCUGGUGCGGCUGCUGCGAGACCGCACCCGGGACCUGGCGCUGGCCGAAGACACGCUGGUCAACCAGCUGCUCUCGUCGGGCCACCCGAUCCUUCCCGGGGACGUGUUGCAGCUGUCCUUCCUCCGCAAGGCCGGCUUCCUGGACAGCCUGGAGGCUGCCACUCGGGCCUGGCCCCGGCUGCUCCAGUUCCUCGGCCACACGUUGAACAGCCUGGACGCCGAGUGGCACGGCUGUCUGGACGUGGUGCUUCGUUGGGCCCACGGCCGCCUCGACAGCCUCGCCCGCCAGCUGAUCCGCUGGGCCUGGCUCAGCCUCCGGAACGACGUUUGGCUCCUGUGCCACAUGGACGCUGCCGACCUGCACGCGGACUGGAUCGCUGCCCUGUACGCAUCCUGCCAGCGCUUCCAGCUCGCCUCCCACUGGCCCCGAGUGGACCCGGUGUCGGCGGUCCUGCGCACCCUGGCCACCAGGCAGGCACAUCUGGCAGCCAAUAGACUGUCCACCUUCCUCUGUGCGGAGGCCAGGAAAGCGCCGCAGAUGUGCGCGCUCUCCGAGACGCUCUGGGAGCGCACUCCCGACGACUGGACGGCGUGUCGGGAGGCCCCCUUCCUGGCAGCCUUGCUGCAGAGCGGCCAGAGCCUGCUCUUCAAAUACCUGCUGGCGGCCACCUGCCUCAACCACCUGAUUCCAUCGCACGAAGCCAAGCAGAGCCAAGGUCGGCCGCUGUGGCAGAAGCAGAUACAGCAAGGCACACGUCCCAGCUGCUUCCAGUUGGAGAAGCUCUACUGGAACCAGUAUUGGCAGUGCUUUGUGAGCCAGAUGCUCCGGAGACUGACACUUGUGCACCAGGGAUCCCAGCUUACCACGGAGGCCAUGGCACUGUGUCCUCUAGGGAUGAACCUAGUCCUUCUUCAGAGUCUGGCCUGCCAGGAGCAUGGGAACUCUUUUCUUGCUCAACCACACAGCAUAGAGCUUCCACCUGCCGCUGUGUCAUCAAUGAUGCACGUUUGCCAAAUACUUUUUGCUCAUCUGGUGCUGUCUUGCUGGAGGCACGCCAUGAGUGCAGCCCUGGCACAGCAGGGAAAUGCACAAGGAACGACGCCGGGCAGCCAACUGUUGCGAGCGUUACAACCCCUGACUGCUUAUUUGUCCACCGCGCCCAGGAUUGUGUGCAAGGACAGCUCCCUGGUGAAACACCACCUUGCCCUGACCCUGGGGCACAUACUGCAAUGGUCGGAAGCGAGACUCCGUCACUGGCUGCACUCUUGGGAGCCCGAGCAGCUGGUGUUGAUGGCCUCCUCCUUGCUGCAGCAGACAAUUGCAUCGGUCAAGUGCACUAAAAAGUCCUGGGAAGAGCACCCAAGCACUGGCAGUCCGUACGCCGAUUGCACAUCGGCUCUGGAGGCCCUCGAGGCUCUGCAGGCUGCCGUGCCUUCCGAGUACAAGAAGGGAUGCUACCAAGUCUGCCUGCGCAAGUGGAGCUCCAGUAUGCCGGCCGCAAAGGACUUCCGCAAGCGAGGCGCGGGCGAGGCCAGUGUCUUUGUUGAACCUGUUGUGAAGGAUGUCUUGGAUCCUGCCAUCAGCGGAGUUCAGGGGUGUCCAGCAGCAGUUCAAGCUGUGUACACUAGGCUCACGGUCGAAGCUGUGCUCGAGGCCUGGAAGACGACCGUCCAAACUAAGGGUCUCAAGUUCAGCCCGCAGGUGCACCUUGAGAAGGAAAUUGUGGCAGCCCACGUGGAAGGGUCCAACCUGGACCCAGAUGCCAAGCACGCUGUGCGGAGCCACCUGCCAGCGGAGCAGAACAACGGGCCAGCCAGGAGGGCCCUGCUGCCUUCCAACAGAGUGGCUCCUGGCGGACCAAGCAUGGAAGAUUCAGCUCCCCUUGAACAGCAGCAAGGCAGACUACGAUUCAAGCUAUGCUGCAACUUUUAGGAAGUGCCUUUGUGCAGUACUCUGUGCCCUUCUAACACUUUUGGGGAUCUUUUUAACACUAUUACAUGUACCCAAGCAAUCACCUUUUCUAGUCGUUUUUGAACUAAUAUAUCAUGUCCAGCACAAUUUCUCUAGGUAUAGUCAAGCAGCCAUUUUUGCAGUACACCAUUUCUACAAAGUGUUCUGCACUGAAGAAAAGUGUGGAGGCCAGUUCAUGGAGAAGUACUAUUUAUUCUGAUAUGUGUAUUCGUAUAUGCAUUCCAGCAUUUCUAUACAAGUUGUACUGAAACUUUGCAACUAAUGAAUUUGUAAGCAUGUAGUAUCAUUGCGCCUGUAACGUGGACAGCCAUGCAUUUAAACGCAGCACCAACAUGCUGCUCCUGUGUCAAAUUGACUACCCUUCUGUUUUCCUGAAUGUAAAAAUAACUUCCAUGUAUUAAAAUCCUCAUUCAUGCCAUCAACCUCCUGCAA